CGACGAUGAAGAAGAAGAUGAAAGAUGGCGGCUCACGCUGAAGGCGCGCCGGAGGUUAUAAGACAUUUGAGCGAGUGUUUAAAAGCUAAAGGUUGUGAAAUCUAUCCUUUCAAGGUUGGACGGUACAAUGCAUUGACAUCUGAAGUCCAUCAUCUUUCAUAUGCAGCUGACGGUCUGGCAGCACUGAUCCUUAGCACACCGUCCAUGUUUGAGAAAGUUUUCCUGCCUUUCCUACAGAGUCACGGCUGUGAAGGGACCAGAGACCCGAUAGACGAGUGUGUCACUCAGACGAUCUCCUCCUGUGUCUCUCUGUGUUGUCCACAUCAGUGUGUGGAUGUGAUGUAUGAUUAUGAGCUGCUGCCCAGUAGGAGACCCAAGUUUCUUGCCCAAACAGCUGCACAUGUGUCCGGAGCAGCGUUCUACUACCAGAAAUCAGACAUCCACAAUCCUCCAUGGCUUGACAAAAAGAUGUUUGGAGUGUGUGUUCACCCCAGGCUGGGCGGCUGGUUCGCUAUACGAGCUCUGCUGAUCUUUAAAGAUGUGCUGCUGGGAGAUGAAGUUCAGCAGAAAGAUCCCGUAGACUGUGUGAGCAGACAGGAGGACAGAAUCGAGCUGCUAGAGAGAUUUAACUUCCGCUGGCAGGACUGGAGUUACAGAGACAUCAUACCUGCAGAGGAACGUUAUUCACCUCGACAGAAAGAGUACUUCAUAACUCCUCCAGCACAGCGGGGGGCGCUGCUGAGACACUGGGGCUUCAUGGCGGAGAGUGACACUGACUCCGCAAACAAACAAACAGAGCUGAGCAGACCCUUAUGAAUACCUUCAUCGUUCCUCUUUCCUCAUCUGUACUCGGAGUAAUUCUGAGUGACACACAAGAGACUCAUGGACAGGAAAAGAUUUAAUGUCUUCAGAGGAUGCCUUGAGUGUUGUUGAUGAUGACACUAAAACACAAAAUAUUAUUGUGGCUUAUUUAUAUCAUUUAUGUUAUAGUUCGACUCUUGAAUAACAACACAACAGACAACGUUAAAAAAACAAAGCAUUCAGAUUAAAGGUUUGUGGACAAGCUACAGAAGUAAUGCUUGUGUGAUAUUUGUGCUAUACAACAUUGUAUUAAUGUCAUUAUAGCAUUACAGACUUGUAUUUUUUUUUACUGGUUUGUAAUAUUGUACGCCUGAUUUCACAGACAGGGCUUUAGAUUAAAGGAAUAGUUCAUCCAAAAAUGAUUUUUUAAAUAAAUGUAUUCAUCAGCUUUUCUCAAUCUUUAACAAAUCUUUUAUACAAUUAAGUUAAAGCUUUCCCACGUAAAAACCCUUACCGCCAAAAUAAUUCAAUGGGCAAAGUCAAAUUACAAAAGCAACACUAACAAUAAUAAGUGCAGACAAAUAUGAAAAAAAUCCAUAAUUAACUUGCCCUCAUGCCAUCCAUCCAUCCCAGGUGUGUAUGACUUUCUUCAGCCGGACACAAUGCGAGUCAUUUUGAAAGCUGUUCAGGCUCUUUCUCUAGCUUGGUAAUGGCAUUGGUGAGUGCCCCAGUUAAGUUCCACAAAGCACAUAUAUCCAUCAUAAAACUAAUCCUUACGAUUCCAGAGGGUCUUAAACGUCUUCUGAAGUGAAAUGAUACGUGUUUGAAUAAAAAAAACAGUGUGGUGGGGCAGAUUCUGUGUACUAUCGUAGGAUAGAUAUUGUAUCAUAAUUAUUGUAAUGUGUUAUCUUAUAGAUUGUUAAGGAUUUUCUUUUUUAUUUGAGCUUCCUGAUCUGUACAGCACUUUGGCCAACCCUGGUUGUUUUUAAAUGUGCUUUAGAAAUAAAUAAUGAAAUGAAAUAGAUAAUUA